GGGCGUGGCCGGGAGCCGGGGCGGGCACUGCCACACCGAGGCUCCGCCUCCCCCCCGCCCGUCCCCUUCGCGAGAGGGACGCAAGCGGGAGGAGAGGAGGAGUGGGAGGAGGGGAGGCGGCGGCGGUGGCGCUGGAGCGCUUCUCUCGGGGACCGGCCGACCGGGGGAGCCAGCACGUCGCCACGCACUGCUCUUCCUCCGGCCGCCGAGCCGUCCCUUCUCGCCAUGUCCCAGAGCAGGCAUCGCGCCGCGGCCCCGCCGCUGGAGCGCCAGGACAGCGGGACCUUCAGUUUGGGGAAGAUGAUUACAGCUAAGCCAGGGAAAACACCGAUUCAGGUAUUACACGAAUACGGCAUGAAGACCAAGAACAUCCCGGUUUAUGAAUGUGAAAGAUCGGAUGUGCAAAUACACGUGCCCACUUUCACCUUCAGAGUAACCGUUGGUGACAUAACCUGCACAGGUGAAGGUACAAGUAAGAAGCUGGCGAAACACAGAGCUGCAGAGGCUGCCAUAAACAUUUUGAAAGCCAAUGCAAGUAUUUGCUUUGCAGUUCCUGACCCCUUAAUGCCUGACCCUUCCAAGCAACCAAAGAACCAGCUUAAUCCUAUUGGUUCAUUGCAGGAAUUGGCUAUUCAUCAUGGCUGGAGACUUCCUGAAUAUACCCUUUCCCAGGAGGGAGGACCUGCUCAUAAGAGAGAGUAUACCACAAUUUGCAGGCUAGAGUCAUUUAUGGAAACUGGAAAGGGGGCCUCAAAAAAGCAAGCCAAGAGAAAUGCUGCUGAGAAAUUUCUUGCCAAAUUCAGUAAUAUUUCUCCAGAGAACCACAUUUCUUUAACAAAUGUAGUAGGACAUUCUCUAGGAUGUACUUGGCAUUCCUUGAGGAAUUCUCCUGGUGAAAAGAUCAACUUACUGAAAAGAAGCCUCCUCAGUAUUCCCAAUACAGAUUACAUCCAGCUGCUUAGUGAAAUCGCCAAGGAACAAGGUUUUAAUAUAACAUAUUUGGAUAUAGAAGAACUGAGUGCCAACGGACAGUAUCAAUGUCUCGCGGAGCUGUCCACCAGUCCCAUCACAGUCUGUCAUGGCUCUGGGAUCUCCUGCGGCAAUGCACAGAGUGAUGCAGCUCACAAUGCUCUGCAGUACUUAAAGAUAAUUGCAGAAAGAAAGUAAACUGGGAACAACUUAGAAAACCCUGCAGUGGCACAUAAAAAGUGCCCCUUUGGCCCCUUCCCAAGUAAAACUUUACUACAAUGUUUGAGUUUGUGUGUUGUUUCUAAACCUCUUCAUAGAUUCCAUCAACACUCCAGAUUUAAUUAUCUCCUGGUAGUUGUUAUUAAGCUCUUUUUAAUGGCUUCAACUUUGUAUUGGUAUAUUGUAUUUAUAAACUUUGUACCAUAGGCAGAGUGUAGCACCCAUUUUACAACGCCGUGUACAUAGAAGGAAGAACCUGCAUGUUUGUUGAUGAUGAUGAUGAUGAUGAAGAAAUAAAACUGCUGCAAGCAACAGUCUUUCUUACUGCUGCUUAACCUCUUUUCUGCGCGAGGCUUUGUAAAGGGAAUUCAAAGGAAGCCCCUUAGAAUUAGAGUGUUGAGGAACGCACUAACAGGCUUUUAUUGAAUGUGAUUGUUAAAUUUCAGGGAACAUGAUUGGUCUGCUGUGUAUUUCAGUCCAUGUAAUAAAGAGCUGUUGUUAUAAUGGGUUCUGCUCAUUUUAUUAAAGUGUUACUGACUUGCCUGUGGCCCCAUUCUUUUUAGCCUUUCUUGUGAGUAACAUUAUAAUGUGGAUGUUCUGUUAUUUACAUAUCUCUGGUUUACUUCUGAAAGUCAAAGGUAAAAAACCUAUGGCCUAAGCAAAAAUU